UCCGCCCGGACUUCCGCGCCCCCAGAGUUCCGCCCUCGUUCGGUCGAGAAACCUUCAGAAGUAGCUAUGGGUUUGGGGUUAGUGGACUGUCACUGCCAUCUCUCUGCCCCGGACUUUGACAGCGAUCUGGAUGAUGUGUUGGAGAGAGCCAGGAAGGCUAAUGUCAUGGCCCUUGUGGCAGUCGCUGAACAUGCAGGAGAAUUUGAAAAAAUUAUGCAGCUUUCAGAAAGGUAUAACGGAUUCAUCCUGCCAUGUCUGGGAGUUCACCCAGUUCAAGAACUUUCACCAGAAAAACCAAGAAGUGUGACAUUAAAGGAUCUGGAUGUGGCUUUGCCUAUUGUUGAGAACUACAAGGACCGGUUGCUGGCGAUUGGAGAGGUGGGGCUAGACUUCUCCCCCAGAUAUGCGGGCACUCAUGAGGAGAAGGAAGAACAAAGACAAGUCCUGAUCAGACAAGUCCAACUGGCCAAAAGACUAAAUGUGCCUCUAAAUGUGCACUCACGCUCAGCCGGAAGACCCACCAUCAACCUCUUACGUGAACAAGGUGCAGAGAAGGUUCUGCUGCAUGCGUUUGACGGCCGGCCAUCUGUAGCCAUGGAAGGAGUGAGGGCUGGUUACUACUUCUCCAUCCCCCCAUCCAUCGUACGAAGUGGACAGAAGCAGAAGCUUGUGAAACAGCUGCCUCUGAGUUCUCUCUGCUUAGAAACAGAUUCACCUGCGCUAGGACCAGAAAAACUGACACGGAACGAACCCUGCAACCUUUCCAUCGCAGCAGAGUUCAUUGCCCAAGUGAAAGGGAUCUCAGUGGAAGAAGUCCGAGAAGUGACAACACAGAAUGCAUUCAGACUGUUUCCCAAGCUUCAGUACCUACUCCAGAAAUAGCUUCAGAAUCACCCCCUGCAAGCCAAGUCAGCUCAGGGCAGCACUGGGGAAAACAAGCGCUCUCUCGCUUUAGUGGCCUGAAAUGAGGACGCCAUUUUAUGUGGCUAGUGGUCACAGUUUUACAGAAAUGUUCCUCUUAAAAACAAACUUGGGACUGGAGAAACGGCCCAGCUGUCAAGAGCACUCAGUUGCUGCUCUUCCAGAGGACUCUGCUCAGUUCCCAGCAGCCAUGUUUGGGUGAUUCGCAACUGCCUGUAACUCCCUCCCGCCCCAGAAGACUCAACACUGGCCGCCUCUGGCACGAGCACACAUGUGGCAUAUCUCCACACAGACACACUUAACAUAAAUAAAAUAAUUUCUAAAAACUA